CGAUCCUGGCGUCGCUGAUGCGCUGUCUGUUCGCCGAGCCAGACUGCACCAUUCAGUACUUCGCAAUUACGGAUGAUGAUAAGAAAGCAGCCGUUGAUGCGAUGCAGCAGGACAGCGACGCAACCCCAGAAGCAGCAGGCGCGAUAGCGACCACCCGCAGCUCGCUGACUCUGCUAACCGAGUGCCCCGCCCACCUGCGGGUGCUGUGCCCAGGCUCGGCACUCUUCCGAGCCCAGCACGAGCGCUGGCCCCAAUUCCAGCACAGCGCCAGCAGCAGUAGCGUAGUCGCCUGCGGCCCCGCCAGCAGCGACCCCACCGCCACUCCGCCAGCACCGCUGGCCGCAGCUAGCACCAGCGGUAAGCCCGGCGGCGCGCCCCCACCGGUGGCGCCGCUGCGGCUGGAGCUGCUGCGGGCGCAACCAUCGCAACAGCAGCCCGACCCACCAGCAGCAGGCACCGGCGGCGGCGACGGGCCCCAGCAGCACCAGCAGCAGCCGCAGCAGGGCCAGCAGGUCGACCACCAGCAGCCCCCGCACCAGCUGCUACGGGUGAUCCUGGACCACCCCUCAGACCUGCCGUACGCUCUGAGCGCCGUACGGUUCCUGUACGUCGGCUGCGUGGAGCCUGCCGUGGAACACGACGGCGGCGGCGGCUCUGGCAGCAGCAUUGGCGGCGGCGGCGGCGGCUGUGGCGGCGCGGCCGUACUGCUGCACGUGCGGCGCCUGGCGGGCUACCUGCAGAUCCCCAGGUGCGCCGCCGCCUGCGACGACGCCCUGGUGGCGCUGGCGGCCAGGCCCGCCGCCGCCGCGCCCGCGGCCAUCGCGGCCGCCGCGCCCGCGGCCAUCGCGGCCGCCGCCGCCGCCGCCGCACUUACCGACGGCCCUCGCGCGGCAUCACCGGCGGCAGCGGCUGCGGCGCAGCCGGCGGCGGCGGCCGACAGUGCCGCCGCGGCAGCCGCUGCCUCAUCCGCCGCGCCAACGGCGGCGCCACCGCCGCCGCGGCUGGCGCCGCCGCCGCCGCCGCCAUCAGCCCCUGCCGCCGCUGCGCCGUCGCUCGCUGGCGUCAUGGAUUUGUACCUGACCGCUCGUGCGAUGCUGGAGCUGCCGCCAGAAACAGACAACGCCGGCAGCGAGGCUGCGGCGGCGGGGGUUGCGCUUCUUUCCAGGGGCGGCGCCGAGCCAGAUGGAGACCACUCUGAUGCCGACAGCCAGCCGUCUGACUCAGAUGAUUGGGACAAGGAGCACGUGGAUCCAGUUUCUGAUGCCGCCAAUCUUGCGAAGUACGCCCGGGAGGACGGCUGGUAUUGUCCCUGGCACAAUUUGAUCAGCGGCACUGACGGCGCCGUUGACCAGCCGUCGGCGGAGCUACUAGGGCGGCUGAGGGUGGCAUGCCUGCAGCAAUUGGCAGCUUGGGCGGUGGCGAACGAGGAUCAGUUAAAGGAAGCAAACGCGCAGCGGGAGAGGCGCUGGCAGGAGGAGCACCGGGAGGGUCGGAGGGCGCAGCGGCGGCAGGCGCGGGCGGAGCAGGCGGCGAAGGCGGCGAAGACGGCGCAAAUUGCGCAGGCGGCGCAGGCGCAGGCAGCCCAGGCGGCGCAGGCGCAAGCGAUGCAGAACGAGACGGACAAGGGCGAGGGAAAGGAGGUGGGAAAGGAGGAGGGAAAGGCGGAGGAGACGGAGGUGCACGAGACAGUGGGCAAAAAGAGGGUACGUGCGGAUGAGGAAGCGGGCUGCGAUGCACAGUCAGAGGCGGAGGGCACUGAACGCAAGAGCAUGCGGCUGCAAGAGGGCCAGCCGUGGCAGCUGCAGCAGCCGCGGCUGCUGACCGGGCCUCAGUCCUCAGACCAGGUCGGGGCUGCGGCGGCAGCAGCAGAGCCUGAGCAGGGAAUGGCUGGGGCUGGGUCUGCGAUAGAUGCCGGGGCAGCUACGGCCGGGGCUGCGGCCGCAGCAGGGGCGGCGGCAGCAGGGGCUGAGGCGGCAGGGGCUGAGGCAGCGGCCGUAGCAGCCGCGGCUGAGGCAGGGCCAGAGCCGAUGCAGGUGGAGGCUGCGGGAUCCGGAGCAGCCGCUGCUGCGACCCCGCCUCAGCCGCCCCAGGCGGGGGCACAUGAGCCACGAGGGGCGCCGCAGCCACCGCCGCAGGGGCAGGAGCGGCCGCAGGAGCAGCCGCAGUCGCCACAGGAGGUUGCUGCGCCCCCUGCUGCUGCGGGCCCCACAGACGACGCAGCAAGCGGCGCAGCUGACCCGCCGGCCGCAGGCGGCACAGCCGACGACCCGGCCGCCUGUCCUGCCGCCCCGGCGCCCUCCUUUGGCGAGCUGCUGGCCUGGGCGGUGCGCAGUGCGCCGCACGUGCUGUCUGACGACACGGCGCUGUGGGCGCUGCGGCGCCUGCCCGCCGCCGGCCUGGAGGCGCUGCUGAUGGAGGAGAGCUUCGCCACGGACGACGAGUCCUCGGUGCUGCUGCUGCUGGUCAGCUGGGUCGGCUACUCGGACGCCCGCGCCGGGGACAAGGAGUCCCUGCUGCGCCUGGUCCGGCUGCUGCGCCUGUGCCACAUGAACGACGUCUACCGGCUGCACGUGUUCCCGCGCCUGGCCGCCACUUGGCUGCCGGCGCUGCAGCUGUCAAAGACGUGCCAGGCACUGCGACAGUGGGGCGGAGCCAGGGGGGCGCGGCGGCUGCGGAUACGUAGGUCCAUGUUCCGGGAUGCGGCAGUGCCGGGGGGCACGCGUUGGUUCGUGUCACAGCCGCGGCCGCUGGCGCCGCCGCUGGAUAUGCCCUGGUCCAUUCCGGCAGCCUAUCGGGAGCCGCCGCCGCCGCCGCCCGCAGCAGCAGCCCCCGCAUCUGAACCCGCAGCAGCAGCAGCAGCAGCACCUGCCGCGCCGGCUGCCGUGGCCGUUGCCGUACCCGCCACCAUCGUGCGCUCUUUUGGCAGCCGCUUCAUAUACUACAAUGGCUUGGCCUGGGAGAUGUAUCUUUGCAUCAACGCCUACACCGCAAAGCUCAACGCCGCAACCUUCAAUUUAGGCCCCAUCGUGCCGGCAGCGCUGUGUGGCAUGGUCGGCGACAGGCUUCGCAACGCCUUUGUCAGCCCGGGCCACGUGAACGUCAUCAUGCAUGGCAGGAGCCGCGCCGCUGACGGCACGGCCGGUGGCAAGAAGAGCUACCACAUUACUUACCGGCCAGUGCGGGACAUGGCGCGCGUGGGCCGGGCGCAGCUCUUGGCGCAUGUGGUGCCGCUGCUGGGGCUGCCUCGAGCAGCACAUGCAGCGGGGGGGCAGCCGGCGGCGGCCGGGCAGGCGGCGGCAGCGGUUCCAGCACAAGCGGCGCCGCCCCAAGCCGCCGUCGAGGCUGCCACCGCGGCUGCCUCCGGCACCGCUGCCGCGCCGCCGUGGUCGCUGCACCUGCACGAGGACGGGCGGAUGCACGGGUGGCUGAGGGUGCGCUUCGUGGCGACCAGGUGGCACGGACGCAAGCAGCAGCAGCAGCAGGGCUAGGGGGCUGCAGGGCUGCGGGCCUAGCACGGUUUCCAUCGGAACUGCGAGUGUGACUUUGUGAGCUAUUAACGUAACACGAAAUGUCGUUGUGGUGCGCGGUCUAUGUUGGCCGGGAAGGUGACGGGCGCUGAGGCACCGGUGAGCGAGGUUGCUUGAUAACAACAUUGAUUACGUGGCCGGCAACUGGCGGCGCAUAAGUACCGCUUAGACCUACUGAGUAUUGGAGGGCAGGUGCACGCAGCAGGGCUGCAGGCGGCAGCGUGUCGCUAUGGUUGGUUGGGCCUUGGGCGCGCGGUUUGGUGUGUUGCAGACUGCCGCACGCGUGUCAGAGCUAGCGGGCUGUCGUGCUGGGAAGGGGCGGGCGACUAGUCAGUUUGGAGCUGAACGGGGAAUUGCCUUGUGUUCAGGGACGUGGUCAUACCGUAUGGUUGAAAUCGGCUGAUUUCACGGCCUCUCCCUGUGGCACUGAGCGCUUUGCCGGCCCGUGAGCUAGACUGUUGGGCGGCCGCUUCAUUGUGUGUGCGUGCGUGGUGGUUUGGGGGGCCGGUGCCCGCGGGGGGUCAGAGUUGUGGCCUGGCUGUGGGUGUGGGGCCCAGCCGCCUAGGCGCAUCCAGAUGUGAGGGGUGCUUUCAUCACUGCCGACGAGGACUCGCGGUAGUUGGGUGUUGCGCUGCAAACUAUUGGGACCUGCGGCCUGUUUCCCUGCCCGAACCCCCCCAGGCCUGAGAAAGAAGCCGGCCUCGUCAGCGGUCUGGCGGAAAGAUAUGGGAGUUGGUCUGCUGUGGGUGUGUCAUGGCCUUGCAGUCAAGCUCGUGGUGCACCGGGGCGAUCCGUCCGGAAGCGAGACGCAGGAGCGGGGACGCCGGGGUGGAAUUCUGACAGCGCAGACUUAUGUUCGCCAUGAACCCGCAUAAGUGGGUCCGGCGGAAUGGGAUGAUGAGGCAGGAAUGAUGAGGACACAUCCGAGUCAUCAAGU